AUGGCAGGAAAUAGCCUUGUUCUACCCAUUGUUCUUUGGGGUCGCAAAGCACCUACACAUUGCAUCUCAGCAGUACUUUUAACAGAUGACGGGGCCACAAUCGUAACCGGGUGCCAUGAUGGACAGAUAUGCCUCUGGGAUCUUUCAGUAGAAUUGGAAGUUAAUCCCCGGGCAUUGUUAUUUGGUCAUACAGCUUCAAUCACCUGUUUGUCUAAAGCAUGUGCUUCUAGUGACAAACAAUAUAUUGUGAGUGCAUCUGAAUGUGGAGAGAUGUGUCUCUGGGAUGUGAGUGAUGGCAGAUGUAUUGAAUUUACAAAAUUAGCCUGCACACAUACUGGCAUACAGUUCUAUCAGUUCUCUGUUGGAAAUCAGAGAGAAGGAAGGCUUUUAUGCCAUGGCCAUUAUCCUGAAAUCCUUGUUGUGGAUGCCACCAGCCUUGAGGUGUUAUACUCCUUAGUAUCAAAGAUAUCUCCUGACUGGAUCAGCUCCAUGAGUAUUAUUCGAUCCCACCGAACACAAGAGGACACUGUGGUAGCACUCUCGGUGACGGGCAUCUUGAAAGUGUGGAUUGUUACCUCCGAAAUAAGUGGCAUGCAGGAUACUGAGCCAGUAUUUGAAGAAGAAUCCAAACCAAUUUACUGUCAGAAUUGCCAGAGCAUCUCCUUUUGUGCAUUCACACAGCGGUCACUUUUGGUUGUGUGCUCCAAAUACUGGCGGGUAUUUGAUGCUGGAGACUAUUCCCUGUUGUGUUCAGGCCCCAGCGAAAAUGGACAGGCAUGGACUGGAGGUGACUUUGUGUCAGCAGAUAAAGUAAUCAUUUGGACUGAAAAUGGGCAAAGUUAUAUUUACAAACUACCUGCCAGUUGCCUUCCGGCUAGUGAUUCAUUUCGUAGUGAUGUGGGGAAAGCAGUUGAAAAUUUAAUCCCUCCUGUACAACAUAGUCUCUUGGAUCGAACAGAUAAAGAGUUGCUCAUUUGCCCUCCUGUUACUCGGUUCUUCUGUGGAGCCAGGGGAUACUUCCAUAAACUACUAAUUCAGGGGGACUCUUGCGGAAGAUUGAAUAUUUGGAAAAUCUCAGACACACCUGAGAAGCAGGAAGUUGAAGAGACAAAUAGUAAAUCAGGGUUGGAAAUCACAACUUCUGUUAGUUUGCAAGAAGCAUUCGAUAAGCUCUACCCUUAUCCAGCUGGAAUUAUAGAUCAGCUGAGUGUGAUCCCCAAUAGCAAUGAACCUCUUAAAGUAACAGCAAGUGUGUACAUACCAGAACAUGGACGACUUGUUUGUGGCCGCGAAGAUGGGAGCAUCAUUAUUGUACCUGCCACGCAGACAGCCAUCGUCCAGCUGCUGCAAGGGGAACACAUGCUCCGAAGAGGUUGGCCACCUCACAGAACACUCCGUGGUCAUCGGAACAAAGUCACAUGUUUGCUAUAUCCUCAUCAGGUCUCCACUCGUUAUGAUCAGAGAUAUCUGGUAUCUGGAGGUGUGGAUUUUUCGGUCAUAAUUUGGGACAUAUUUUCUGGAGAAAUGAAACAUAUCUUCUGUGUGCAUGGUGGCGAGAUUACUCAACUCCUGGUUCCACCUGAAAACUGUAGUGCAAGAGUGCAGCACUGCGUCUGCUCUGUAGCCAGUGACCACUCAGUAGGACUCCUGAGUCUGCGAGAGAAAAAAUGCAUUAUGUUGGCAUCUCGUCAUCUUUUCCCCAUCCAAGUGAUUAAGUGGAGGCCUUCCGAUGAUUACCUAGUAGUGGGAUGUUCAGAUGGCUCUGUGUACGUCUGGCAGAUGGAUACUGGUGCAUUGGAUCGUUGUGUGAUGGGGAUAACAGCCGUAGAGAUACUGAAUGCUUGUGAUGAAGCGGUUCCUGCCGCAGUUGAUUCGCUUAGUCAUCCGGCAGUCAACCUGAAACAAGCCGUGACAAGACGGAGCCUUGCUGCUCUGAAAAAUAUGGCCCAUCAUAAGCUACAGACCCUUGCAACUAAUCUCUUGGCUUCUGAGGCCUCUGACAAAGGAAAUUUACCUAAAUAUUCUCACAACUCCCUGAUGGUCCAGGCAAUAAAGACAAACCUAACAGACCCGGAUAUACAUGUGCUAUUCUUUGAUGUCGAAGCGUUGAUUAUUCAACUCCUGACUGAGGAAGCCUCUAGGCCGAACACCACGCUUAUUUCCCCGGAGAAUCUGCAGAAAGCAUCUGGCAGGGCAGACAAAGGGGGCUCUUUUCUAACUGGAAAGCGAGCAGCGGUUCUCUUCCAACAAGUGAAAGAAACGAUCAAAGAGAACAUAAAGGAGCACCUCCUCGACGAGGAAGAGGAGGACGAGGAGACCUUGAGGCAGAGAAGGGAGGAGAGCGAUCCUGAAUAUCGGGCCAGCAAAUCGAAGCCACUGACCCUGUUAGAAUAUAACUUGACUAUGGACACUGCCAAGUUGUUCAUGUCCUGCCUUCAUGCCUGGGGCUUGAAUGAAGUUCUGGAUGAAGUUUGUCUCGAUCGCCUUGGCAUGCUGAAACCCCACUGCCCGGUGUCGUUCGGUCUCUUAUCGAGAGGAGGUCAUAUGUCCCUGAUGCUUCCUGGUUAUAACCGGGCUGCCUGUACAAUGGCACACGUAAACGCAGAAGAAGAGAGCAAGCUCCCAGUAACGGAGGGAGUAGGGAAGGGCACGUACGGAGUGUCUCGAGCCGUCACCACACAGCAUCUCCUGUCGGUCAUCUCUUUGGCAAAUACCUUGAUGAGUAUGACCAAUGCUACUUUCAUAGGUGACCAUAUGAAGAAGGGCCCUACCAGGCCACCUAGACCAAGCACCCCAGACCUUUCUAAGGCACGGGGUUCCCCUCCAACUUCCAGAAAUAUUGUGCAAGGACAAAUUAAACAAGGCUGGAGUCAGCUGGCUGCAAUGCAUUGUGUGAUGCUGCCAGACCUGCUGGGACUGGACAAGUUUCGGCCUCCACUUCUGGAGAUGCUCGCUCGGAGAUGGCAGGAUCGAUGCUUGGAGGUCAGAGAGGCCGCGCAGGCCCUGCUCCUCGCGGAGCUGCGGAGGAUUGAGCAGGCGGGCCGGAAGGAAGCCAUCGAUGCCUGGGCUCCGUACUUACCUCAGUACAUGGACCACGUCAUGUCACCUGGGGUCUCAGCGGAAGCCAUGCAGACCAUCACCACUGCUCCCGACACCACCUCGGGGCCCGAAGCCAAAGUCCAAGAGGAAGAGCACGACCUUGCGGAUGAUGACAUCACAACUGGUUGCUUACCAAGUGUGCCACAAGUGAAAAAGAUUUCCACAUCUUAUGAAGAAAGACGGAAACAAGCUACUGCUAUUGUUUUACUAGGAGUCAUAGGAGCAGAGUUUGGUGCUGAAAUUGAACCUCCUAAACUGUUGACCAGACCUCGAAGCUCUAGUCAGAUUCCUGAGGGAUUUGGUUUGACUAGUGGCGGAUCCAACUACUCACUGGCCAGACAUACUUGCAAGGCGCUGACGUUCCUUCUGCUCCAGCCUCCGAGCCCCAAGCUCCCUCCGCACAGCACCAUCCGGAGAACAGCCAUCGACCUGAUCGGACGCGGGUUCACCGUGUGGGAGCCUUACAUGGACGUGUCGGCGGUCCUCAUGGGGCUGCUGGAACUCUGCGCCGACGCCGAGAAGCAGCUCGCCAACAUCACAAUGGGGCUGCCUCUGAGCCCAGCAGCUGACUCCGCCCGCUCGGCCAGGCACGCCCUCUCCCUCAUCGCCACUGCCAGACCACCCGCCUUCAUCACCACCAUAGCCAAAGAGGUCCACAGACACACUGCUCUGGCCGCGAAUACCCAGUCUCAGCAGAAUAUACACACGACCGCGCUCGCACGAGCUAAAGGGGAAAUUCUGAGAGUCAUUGAAAUUCUCAUUGAAAAGAUGCCCACAGAUGUUGUAGAUCUUCUUGUGGAGGUUAUGGACAUCAUCAUGUACUGCCUCGAAGGAUCGCUGGUUAAGAAGAAAGGCCUUCAGGAGUGUUUCCCAGCCAUCUGCAGGUUCUACAUGGUCAGCUACUAUGAGCGGAGCCACAGGAUAGCAGUGGGAGCUCGCAAUGGUUCAGUGGCCCUGUACGACAUCCGGACUGGAAAAUGUCAGACAAUCCAUGGACACAAGGGCCCGAUCACGGCAGUGGCCUUCGCUCCUGAUGGACGCUAUCUUGCCACCUACUCGAACACGGACAGUCACAUUUCCUUCUGGCAGAUGAACACCUCGCUGCUAGGAAGCAUCGGCAUGCUGAACUCGGCACCCCAGCUGCGCUGCAUCAAAACCUACCAGGUGCCCCCCGUGCAGCCGGCCUCCCCCGGCCCCCACAACGCCCUCCGCCUGGCCCGGCUCAUCUGGACGUCCAACCGCAACAUCAUCCUGAUGGCCCACGACGGGAAGGAGCACCGCUUCAUGGUCUGA